ACACGAUAUAUACCCAGGCAAGGAUUUUCAGGUAGUAUAACCAGCACGGUUGUCGAGCGGAAGGAGGAUGUCUCCGUUCGCCGUGCUCGUCGCGGCCGUCGCCGUGCUCGUCGCCUUCUGCUACGUGACCAAGAAAGCUCGAAGCAAGAACAGCAAGCUCCCGCCGUCGCCGCCGUGUAUGCCGCUGCUCGGCCACCUCCACCUCCUGGGCCGCCUCGCGCACCGCUCCCUGCGCGACCUGCACGCUCGGUACGGCAGCGACGGCGGCCUCCUGCUCCUGCAGCUCGGGCGCAGGCGGACGCUGGUGGUAUCCACGGCGGCCGCGGCGGCGGACCUGUACAAGAACCACGACCUCGCCUUCGCCUCCCGCGUGCUCAGCGCGCCCGUGCACAAGCUCUCCUACGGCUCGAUCAACGUCUCCUUCGCGCCAUACGGCGACGCCUGGCGCCGCAGCAAGAAGAUGGCCGUCGUCCACCUGCUCUCCCAGCGCCGCGCCGACUCGUUCGCCCCCGUGCGCGCCGCCGAGGCGGCCGCCCUCGUCGCGGGAGUCCGCCGCGCGGCGGAGGCCAGGGAGGCCGUGGAGCUGAGGGGGCUCCUGUACGGCUACGGCAACGCGGUGGUCACCCGCGCGGCCACCGGCGCCGCGGGGGCCACGGCUGAGAGGAUGAAGCAGCUGAUGGGCAACUCUGCGGCGCUCAUGUCGGGGCUCCAGGCGGAGGACGUGCUUCCCGACGCGGCGGCGAAGGUGGUGAGGUGGGCGACGGGGUUCGAGAAGAGGCUGGACGACCAGAUGGAAGCGUGGCACAAGUUCUUGUCCGAGAUAAUCGCUGAGCACCUUGAGAAGAAGAAGUGUGACGACAGCGCAGGGGAGGAGGACUUCUUGGACGUCUUGCUGCGGCUGAGGCAAGAAGACACCGCCGGACUCGACCUCACCGACGAUCGCAUCAUAAGCAUUGUCCAGGACCUGAUCUUCGCCGGAACCGAGACAUCAUCUAUUACGCUGGAAUGGGCCAUGGCGGAGCUCACGAGAAAACCCCAGACAAUGGCCAAGUUGCAGGACGAGGUAACACGAGUCACCAACGACAAGUUGGUCAUCGAAGAAGAUGACCUCAGCAGGAUGGAGUACCUCAAGGCGGUGUUGAAGGAGGUGUUGCGUCUCCACCCACCAGCACCACUCCUCAUCCCACACGAGUCGACGACGACGUCAAUCGUCCAGGGCUACGAGAUCCCAGCAAAGACGACACUCUUUAUCAAUGCGUGGGCAAUCGGGAGGGACCCCGUUGCGUGGGGUGAAGGGGCGGAGGAGUUUUGGCCUGAGCGGUUCUUGGCCAACGGUAACGUGACAGGCGUGGACGUGAGGGCAAACGACUACCAACUCCUCCCAUUCGGUGCCGGUCGACGACUCUGUCCCGCCAUCAACUUCGCGAUGCCGACGCUAGAGAUUGCGCUAGCUUGCCUCGUACGCCACUUCGACUGGGGUCUCGCCGCUGGCACAUGUCUGGAGAUGGGCGAGGCCCCGGGGCUGACCACACCUCCAUCGACUCCGGUGCGCCUUGUCCCCAGAUGCAUAACAACUUAAUUAGACGCCAUUAGCAAUGCCAUAAAGUAGUUGGAAUAAGAUAUAUUAUAAAGGCGAAGCAUCUCAUCGGUGACCGGGUCGAGGUCAACAACAUCAACAAUAUGAGCACGAUCCUCGUUGUUAUUGUGCAACUAGCUUGACCGAUGAUGUGAUGCAAACACCAUUUGACACUGUGACUACCCAAUUGUGCGGGGCGUCUAUACAUAACAUAAAACCACAAAAUGAAAACAUUAUAGAUAGAUUGUCUGGUUACUGUAAAAAAUAUAUCAUGAUGCAUACACACACAAAAUUUACCGUAUAAAUAUUACUUUCUAUGAUUUUUUCAUGUAA